ACGCCCUUUGAAGCUCGAGCUUCGCCUCAGAUUGGCGGAAUUUAAAAAAAUCCGCAAAAGAAAAUUGAAACCACAUCCUUUUACGCCCUGACUGACAACCUCGCUUUGAUAUAAAAAAUGAGUUUUUUAGAUGCUCUAUGGCUCUAUGGAUUUCCUAUGGUCCCAUUGAGCCUCUACUGCCAGGUAUUUCUACUACUUCAAUCAGUGUCACCAACCGCCUUAGUGGCUCAAAGUAUUGAUCAAUAUACGCUUUCGCUUGAGGCAAUUGAUUGCCAUGGAGGAAUCAAAAGGUUAAAAUUGAAUUCCGUUUUCCAUCCAAAAUUGUUGAAAUAUUUCCCGCAAAGUGCAUGAAAAAUUGGUUUUGAGUAUUGAAUUUUUUUGAGUCUCUAAAAUUGAGGUUUCUUGUCGAAAGUUGGAUACACUGUAUCAAAUAUGGCUUCCAUAACAAAGUAGUCGGCAAUUUGUUUUUGAAAAGUUGUGUCCAAUGUAUUUACAUUAGUAGAACAGGCGAAAUGACUUUGUUUUGUUUGAAUUGUCCUUAAACGUUAGUGCUUACUAAUAACUGUUGUGCAAGUUAGGAUAGUACUUAAUACAAACUCAAAAUGUUAUGCCAAGCCCUUUGCCACUACGCAAUAAUGGGUAUACUACUUUAUCCUUUCGUGUAUGGGAACCCAGUAGUCGAAUUUCCACAAGUGGACAAAGAGCUCAACAUAACCAUCGAAGUGGAUAAACACGCAAACCCUUUGCGUUUACCUCUAGGAGAAAAUGUUACAAUUAUUUGUAAAACCAAGUGGAUGGACAGCCAUAUGAUGUGGACUUUCAAUGACAAAACCGUAUCUGCACAAGACGGGUUUAAACUGGAAAUGGAAAGUGAAAAUAUAAAUAAGGAAGCCAACAAGUUCGAAGUUUCCAUUCUCCAUAUUUUAAAUAUCAAUUUCAAUCAUGUUGGGAAAUAUGUAUGUCACGCCACUAAUCAGAACGCGAGUGAUUUGGAUUUGUCAGAGAUUGAACUCAAUGUCACCAAACCCGUUAGCAUUUUAGAAAUUAGUCCUCCUGUCUAUACCAAAAUAUAUAACACUGUCCAUCUGAAAUGUUUGGUUGAAGGAUAUCCUAUCGAUUAUAUCACUUGGUUCAAAGAUACCAACGCUUUGCCAUUUGACAUGUGGAAUACAACUGCGGUGAAUGAAACUGCUAUUAGUUCAGUACUACGAAUACAAAUUACUAAAAAAGAUAACGGAACAUACACGUGUACAGCUGGUAAUGAGAAUUCGACUACCAAUGGUUCUACAGCCAUUUUAGUGCUAGACAAGCCCCAGAUAAGCAUUGAUGUAAUCAAGCCAAUUGGAACAAACAAAAUAUUCUUAAAUUGGACUGUGAACGAUGGCAACAGCCCGAACGAACUGAAGUACAUUGUACAAUAUAAAUCUGAGAACGAUACCGAGUGGGUAUAUUAUCGAUCGAAUAUUAACAACACACAAAACUCGUUAAUUCUAAACGUAGAGAAAAUCAACUCCACUUAUACUGUUAGAAUUCAUGCAAAGAAUCCACAAGGGGACAGCCAAUACGCCACGAGCAAUGCACUGAAAAUGCUUGAUGAAGAACCGAUAUUCGUUCCAGAUGUCACUGUUACCGGCGUGACUUCCAGUUCUAUCACGAUUAAAUGGAGUAUGCCUCCAGAGAAAUUUAGAGAUCAUAUUCACUACUAUAAUCUGAUUCUUAGAUCCUACAACACAUCUGAAAAAUUAGAAGCUAUUCAGCCAGCAAAAGACUAUCUUUAUAUGUUCUCGGAACUAAACUCAGCAACAAUAUACAAUUUUCAAGUGGCCGCAUGUAGUGACUAUAGUCGGGAAUGUGGGCCAUGGUCAGAAAUUGUGAAUGGAACUACUAUGGAUGGCAUUUCGGGUCCUCCAUCAAACGCUUCAAUAGAGUGUCGAUUUGAUAACAUUAGCCAUACUAAUUUCGUCCAUGUUUCCUGGCAACCUCCUCGUCAACCGCAUGGAAGUAUCCAAUCAUACAACGUCAAUUUAGUAGGAAAUGCGUCUUUCAUUAACGAUCAAGGCGAGUUGGAUCACGUAACUUGGGGCCCAAAAGCAGCGAGCAUUCGAGAAAUUAAUCUGUCCACCCGAUUCUAUAACGUAUCUGCCAACACCAAUUACACCGUACAAAUUUCUGGAGUAACACGACUGCGGAAAAAUGGAUUAUCAAAGACUUUGUCAUGUCAAAUGCCGCCUACACUACCGGACAAGCAAAAACUAUCGCGCAUUCGAUGGAAGAAGAUCGAAGAGCAACAAGACAAAUGGAUGUUCAAGUUGUUCAUGCCAAGAAUAUCUGAACGGAACGGCCCAAUUUGCUGCUACCGAAUCUACUUGGUUCGCAUGGAGGAUCAACAGAAACUCUCAGAACUGCCACUUCCCGAAGACCUAACAAUCAUGUCCUACCAAGAAGCACAUCGAACGCCAAAGGGCGGUGCCUACGUAGCCGAAAUGUUUAGCAGCACGACAUUUCACCCGGAAAUAUUUCUCGGCGAUGAGCAAGUAUUUAAUACCACAAAUAGCGGUUGUGAUGAGUGUAUUGGCCUGCGACCAUAUAAUUCUCCACGAGAAGACAAAAUUAAAACAAAGCAUGAAAAUAAAACGGCAGCUGGUGAUAUGGCAAAUCGCGUACGCAGAAAUGAAAUGCUGAGCGACCCAUUGCCACCUUAUGACGGCAUUUUGGACAUUAACAGCAACUACACCGGUUUUGUGGAGAUAAUCGUACAUGGAAACUCUGAUCCGAUCAUUUUGGCUGCCUACAGUAAUUACUUGGAUAUGAUGAACCCUGGACCGGAAGUUUUGGCCGCUCCUAGAGCAGAAACACUGAGCCUUAUUUUUCAAGUCCUGUGCGGCUUAAUGGUUGUGAUUUUAUUCCUUCUUGGGGUUCUUUGCAUUUUGCACAGGUACACAAAACAAGCACACGCACAAGCUGUUGAAAUGAUCACAUUUAGAACAUCUCUUAGAAAUCUCCGUGGUCGUCAACGACUGGUCUCUCUCAAUCCCCCCGAUAUGACUCCCAUAAGCAAGACUGAAUUAGUAGCUGCAUAUGUAGAACAUCACAGGGACUCUGAUUAUGGUUUUCAACAAGAAUUUGAACUUCUCCCUGAUCGUUUCUCAGAUCGAACUACUAGAGCUUCUGAUAGCAAAGAAAACAUAUACAAGAAUAGAUAUCCGGAUAUUAAAGCCUACGACCAAACGCGAGUUAAACUGUCGCAAGUUGAUAGUAUUGCUGGAUCUGACUAUAUUAAUGCUAAUUUCGUAUUAGGUUAUAAAGAACGUAAGAAGUUCAUUUGUGCUCAAGGUCCAAUGGACACCACAGUAAACGAAUUUUGGAGAAUGAUAUGGGAGCAGCACUUGGAAAUGAUCCUAAUGCUAACUAACCUGGAAGAGUACAGCAAGACUAAAUGCGCCAAAUACUGGCCAGAUAAGACUGACGGAGAUAAAGUGUUUGGCAAAAUUACAGUCACUCACAUUCAAGAGAUUCGUUUCUCUGACUACAUAGUCCGAGAACUGAGGAUAGUAAGGUCUGGAAAUGGAAAGGAGCCAGAGGAACGGCGCGUGACGCAGUACCACUAUUUAGUAUGGAAGGAUUUCAUGGCUCCUGAACAUCCUAGUGGCAUUAUCAAAUUUAUAAAACGAGUGAAUGAAGCUUAUUCAAUUGAAAAGGGCUGCAUUUUGGUUCACUGCAGCGCGGGUGUUGGAAGAACUGGAACCUUAGUUGCUCUCGACUGUUUACUCCAACAGCUGAGAGACGAAAGUCAGGUAUCUAUAUUUAAUACCAUAUGUGAUCUGCGUCACCAAAGAAAUUUCCUAGUUCAGUCUCUGAAACAAUACAUCUUUAUCUAUCGCGCUGUGAUGGAAGUCACACAGUAUGGGGAUACUGAAAUCACUGCAAAUGAUUUGAAAGUGUCAGUAGAUAAACUGCGUCAAAUCGAUAAAGAUGGUAAUAAGUGCAAACUGGAAGAGGAAUUCGAGAACAUUAUAAAUGCUUUUGAAGACAGAAAAUCUUGUUCGGUGGCUAGUGGAGAAGAAAACCGAGACAAGAAUAGAUCUGACGCCGUUGUUCCGUAUGAUCGGAACAGAGUGAUUUUAACUCCCCUUUCGGGGCGAGAGCAUUCUACUUACAUUAACGCCUCGUUUAUUGAAGGCUAUGAUAACAGUGAGGCUUUCAUAAUAAGCCAAGAUCCUAUGGAAGCUACAAUUACAGACUUUUGGCGCAUGAUUUCCGAACAGGGUAUCAGCGUGAUUGUGAUGCUUUCGGAGCUAGGAGACGGGAAAUGUGCGAGAUAUUGGCCAGAAGAAAGUUGCGAUGCCACCUACGAUCAUAUCACUGUAAGAUACAUGCAGGCUGAGACUUGUCCGUACUACACUAGGAGGGAGUUUUACGUCAAAGGCCGGGAUCUUGAGGAGCAUAAGGUUACGCACUUGCAGUACCACGGAUGGCCCACGGUUGAUGGAGAGGUACCUGAGGUGACCAGAGGUUUAAUUGAAUUAGUCGAUUAUUCACAAACAGCCAUAAUAAGGACAGGCUGUUCCCCUUCGAUGGUUGUGCAUUGUAACCUGGGGUCUGAUAGAAGCUCUAUGUUCAUAGGGUUGAGUAUUUUGGUACAGCAGCUAAGAACAGAACGUCGUGUAGACGUAUUCACAGUUACUCGUAAGCUUAGAUCGCAGAGGCAGGCACUUAUAAACAGCUAUGCGCAGUAUGAGUUUCUUCACAGGGCCAUAGUGAAUUAUGCAGAACUUCAUGGUUUAUGUGAAUUAUAAACAAUUACUGUAGUUGUGCCAUGUAAAACAGGUCAUUCCAAAAAAAACGAGCCAUACUAAUUGGUUUCAGAUGAUGUUUGGGUAUUUUUAUAUGUGCUGUACUUUUAUAUAUUCUGUACUCUUAGUAAUUUGUAAAUUGAAAAAAGUUUCCCAGUAAAAACCAUCACCACGGUUUUGAAAACCAAAGUACUCUAAUAUAGAUCUUCUAGUAAUUUGUAUUCAUAGUCGUAAUAACCAUAGUAAUCUCGUUUUCUUGUCCGCCAAACAUGAACAAAGGUUUUGCUCAAAAUUUAAUUAUUUUUUACACGUGUUUGUUCACUAGACGAUAAUCUUUUUGAUUUGUAGUAACGUAGAAUACCAUGACAAUUUAUCUUAAGAAUUAAUGAUUCACUAACACUGAAGGCAAUUACAAAUCUCAUGCAACAUUAACUCUAGCUUAUGCUCAUUCUAUGUGCCAUCUACAGGAUAUCGUCUUAACAUAUCAGAUAUACCAGAUGUAAAACAUACUAAAUGUAUAAAAUUUAGCUGAAUUCUGAUCAAUUACUUAAUAUUAGAUAUUUUUCUGGGCUUUCGAUCUAUUGCAGGUCAAUCAGGUAGAUAAGCUUUAUCCUGUAGUGCGUAUAUUUCAACGCCUAGAAAUACUGUUGAAUAGUUGUGCUUAAUUUCACGUAUUUUCCAAAUAAUACUUGUACCUGUAACGUGAUGUCAUGACAUUUUAUGCAGUUGACACGAUGAAUUUUCCUAGUCUGUAUUUUAUACUAACUGAAUAUUAUUUUUUGAGAAAGUACCAACAUUUCAACUACUUUGAUUUCACAUUAACUGUUCUAUUUUAAAUUGUGCUCGUGUAUUUUUGUAUAAUAUAUUUAUUUCGAAUUUUUUUUAAUAUUAGGUUAAGUCUUGUAAUCCGACUACUGUUGUCGUAUUUUAGCAGUGUUAGUGAUAUUUCGUUAUACUCGAUUAAUGCACAAUAAUGUAUUAUAGUCUUACGCACCAUUUUUAAUGCGAACCAUUUAUUAUUUCUGACCGUCGUUUGAAAAAUAGUAUUUAACAUUUUACAUUUGACUGAAAUCAUUACAAGACAAGUAAUAUUGGUAGGAAGACAUUCUUAUAUCGCAAAAACUUUAAGGUACACACUCUCUUUAUAAAUUAAGUAUGCAUGUAGUUCCUUAAUAGGUGUCAUCCCCGUUCAUUAAGAAAACUUUCGGAAUUGCGACGUAAAUUUGAAUAUUUAGUACAAUUCAGUAUUGUAUUUGAAUUUUCAGUUAAAGAAAAUUUCGUCUAACAUCUAUUUGAGGGGGAGACAAAUAUUUUCGGUUAUCGCCCACUUUAAAAAUAUUAAUUUUAUUUCCAAAUCAAUGCUCUACUGUACUAAGGGGCAACUGAAAUUUGGAUUAUCGAUAGCGCUUUUUGGCUUAUAUCAUCCACUUUAUAUUAAAUUGGAAAUCCUGAUGUAAAAAAAUAGACAGCACCUGCACUGUGUAAUGUAGUAAAGUAACACCGCUAAUGGCUGGUCAAAAAAUUAGGUAAAUAAAGUGCAUGUUGUAUUCAAUAGGUUAAUUAACAGAAAUGUCUCAAGGCUGCUCCGUUUUACUCCAGGACUUUCAAUUAAUUUGUAUUUGUCAUUUUUAUAUGUAGUUCUUCGUGUAUAUAAGUUGAUUAAUUGUAUUUUAGAUAGAAUACAAAAUUAAGACUGUAAUUUAUAUGCGACUUUUGCAGUUAAGGAGUAUUUAUUUUUACGUUUCCACAAUUGGUUACUUUGCCAUUUUUAUUUCUAAUAAUAAAACAAUCAUACGUA